AUGGCGCCUACCACGACCAACGACGAUAUCACAGACGGUAGCGCGACGAGCGACAGCGACAGCGCUCUACGAGCAACAGUCGAGAAGGACAAGCCACGGCGGCCUUCACCCACGACCACCCCCACACGCCGGCCUGAGGUCGAGGAGCUUUCUCCGGUCACUCGCCCUGUGCCCGUGACAGCUGCGCCUACAAUAAUCUCGACAGUACCAGCGCCGACUAUGAUUACGACAGAUCCAAUCGCUGCUGCUGAGAUCCUGGGCGACUUCGACGACCACGCCGAUGACCGCUCGAGUAGCCUCAGUGAGCUUGGUGACGCCUCUGACGUCGAGUCUGAACAACCUACACCGCGACCUACCGCGACAGGGGAUAUCAACGAGAACGACUCUGAAGCCGAGACAGAGCGACUGGAAGAGACACCCCGGAAGCUCAUGCGCACCAUGACGGAUACGUCAUUAGCAUCUGAAGCUCUGUACACACGAACACCAAGCAAGCUGAUGCACUCAAAAACCGUAGAACACGACGAGUCUGCUCCACUGACACCCUCAGAUCUGGCCGAAGAUGAGAUCAUGGAAGACGCAGAUGAGGUGCAGGACCCGUUACACGCCCUGUCCCUCGCAGCGGCUUCAGAAGCUGCCAGUCUCGAAUUGGCAGGUAAGAAGAGGAAGCGAAUAAGUGCCCGAGGCACGCCUAUCGAUGACCGAGACGAAGAGUCAGCUCGGAAGCGCAGCGCCUCGGCGAAAGUCGCGAUCUACAAUGGCACAACAGAAGAUGUCAUCGAGAGCUCAGAGCGACCUGAUGCAGAGGACGAGUUAGGCCACGCCGAGGAGCGUCUGGACGACAUUGAGAGGGAACAAAUGGAUCUGGAAGAAACGCAAGCCAAUCUUGCCGCUGAGGCUGUAAGCGAACUAGCUACAGUUGCCAAACACACAAAACCUCGCAAGGGCGGCAGGAGAGGGAAGCGAAAGGCCGAGGACUCAAGCUUUGCGUACACGGAAGCUCUUGCGAUGACGGAGACUGUGGAAGGCGAUGUAGAUGGAGAUGACAACGAAGAAGAUAGCGGAGCGCUCGACGAAGAAGUUUCCAAGAAAAAGAGCGCGAUCGACGAGCUGGCCAAGAUUGAGAAGAAGUUCAGGCUCUUUCGUGAGAAACUUUGCGAUGAGCAGAUCGUACAAUACGAAAGAGAGCUGGAAAUGCUCAAACAGCCCGACUGUCAGCACCCCGAGUACCUUGCGAUGAUUAAGUGCAUCGACGACCGGAGAGCAGAGAAGAUCGAUUAUGAACGAACCCUGCUCCAGCUAAAGCAGGAGAACCUGAUCACCAUUACGGCCGCUCAUAGACAUCAGAUGCACAGCCAAUACUUCCAGACAGUAAGGGAUCUGCGAGAGGACAUCAUAGCAGAGUGCAAUCAGCGUGUCUUCGAGCUGCAGCGGGGCAGGCGAUCGCUGGGCUGCGACGAGACCGAAUACAUGGCCAAGCUCCCGGAGAAACGGUCUGACCAGAUCAGACAGCAGACAGCAUACAAUCUCGAGGUUUCUAUUCUGUCUGGUGUGGCCAAGUAUGUUGGCUUCCCGGCUGCGCCAGAUAUCAGCGCGGCACGACCUAAUGAGAUCGAUGAGGAUCUCCGAGCAAUGAAGAUCGCAACACGUCCCACGUUACCAGUGCCUCCACCCUCGUUCCGUACCUACAACCAGAGGACCACAGCAGAUGAAGUAGCAGCAGAGAGCGAGUUCCUCGAGAGCACGCCAUGGGCGAACCCAAGGCACCCUUCACACCAGGAGACACGCUCGCAGCAAGAGUCGCGUUUCGCGCCAGGGACAUCACGCGUACCCAGCUAUCAAACACCAGCAGGGCAAAGACGUAUUGUUGACCUCAAUGCGCCCAACGGCUCUGCAUCCACAAUCGAAGCCAACUCCAAUCCUCCAUCGUCCAACGCGCACAACACAAACGGCCGGAUAGCAGAGUCAGAGUCUCCCGUCAUGCAGAUGAAGCGACCACCAACCGAGUACACAUCGUAUAAUGAUACGCUAGGCUCACAUCCACGCAGCAUGGGAGUCUUGGGCAGAGAGACAUACGGAUUACUGUCCAGUCCGACUGCACAGCAUGCUGAGCCACACUUGCAUGAGCCGCCGACGCAACGUUGGGGCGUGACCUCUGGCUCACCAGCUAUGCCUACCGGGCCGCCUGGCGCAAGAGCACCAUUGACACAACAUAGUGGUCUGGGCAUGAGUGUGGGUGGUGGCUUGUUUGGACGAUGA